UUCAGGAACUAAUUGAGCCAAAGUAAGUCCUGGUCGAUCGAAGAUGACUGCUGGGGAGAUUUCUCGACAAGAGAGCGCGAAAGCAGUGAAUGAGAUUAUUGCUCGCUUAAUCAAAGCCCAUCGAGAGGGAAAAGACGUCGAUUUGAAUCGUCUUAAAAGCAAAGUUUCGUCAAUCUUUUCAUUAAGUCGUCAACCGAAGUUAGUUGAAAUCAUCGCUGCAGUGCCUGUGGAACAUAGGAAUUGGUUAGUGCCGAAACUGAAGGCUAAGCCAAUUCGAACAGCUAGUGGCAUUGCUAUUAUUGCCGUCAUGUGUAAACCUCAUCGUUGUCCUCACAUCAAUUUUACAGGUAAUAUUUGUGUAUAUUGUCCUGGCGGACCAGAUUCUGACUUCGAAUACAGUACCCAGUCCUACACGGGUUAUGAGCCGACCUCGAUGCGAGCAAUCCGUGCGCGCUACAAUCCUUUUUUGCAAACAAGAAGUCGAGUAACUCAGCUCAUGCAGCUCGGACAUGAUGUUGACAAAGUAGAAUUCGUAGUAAUGGGAGGUACUUUCAUGUCACUACCAGAUGAUUAUCGGGAUUAUUUCAUUCGAAAUCUUCACGACGCAUUGACUGGUCAUACUAGUAAUAGUGUGUCUGAGGCAGUAGAAUUCAGUGAACGAAGCCGAGUGAAAUGUAUUGGCAUAACGAUCGAAACGAGACCUGAUUAUUGUUUACCGAAACACUUGGAUGAAAUGUUGAGCUAUGGUUGUACAAGGCUAGAAAUUGGUGUUCAAUCAGUAUACGAAGAUAUUGCCAGGGACACGAAUAGAGGCCAUACUGUGAAAGCAGUAUGUGAAUGUUUUAAAAUGGCGAAAGACACAGGUUAUAAGGUGGUAAUACAUAUGAUGCCCAAUCUCCCUAAUGUUGGAAUUGAACGAGACAUGGAACAAUUUAUCGAGCUUUUUGAAAACCCGGAAUUUCGACCAGAUGGCCUCAAAUUAUAUCCAACGUUGGUUAUUCGUGGCACUGGCUUAUAUGAAUUAUGGAGGACGGGACGUUAUAAAAGUUAUCCACCAGAGGUUUUGGUAGAUUUGACGGCCCGUAUUCUGGCUUUGGUUCCUCCGUGGACUCGUGUUUAUCGUGUACAACGUGACAUACCAAUGCCGCUUGUGACUAGUGGAGUGCAGUAUGGGAAUCUCCGUGAACAUGCUCUUGCACGUAUGAAGCAGCUUGGUACUGCAUGUCGGGAUGUUAGGACGCGCGAAGUUGGGAUUCAGGAAAUACAUAACAAGGUCCGUCCUUAUCAAGUUGAGCUGAUUCGUAGGGACUAUGUCGGUAAUGGUGGAUGGGAGACGUUUCUUUCUUACGAAGAUCCAGAACAGGAUAUUUUGGUUGGCCUGCUAAGAUUGCGAAAGUGUGCCGACAAAAUUCAUCGGUCGGAGUUGAAGGGUGGAGUAUCGAUCGUUCGUGAGUUGCAUGUUUAUGGCUCGGUAGUGCCCGUAUCAGCUCGAGAUCCAUCCAAAUUCCAGCAUCAAGGAUUCGGACAACUGUUAAUGGAAGAAGCAGAACGAAUUGCGAAAAAUGAACAUUGUAGCAAAAAAUUAGCAGUUAUUUCUGGUGUAGGUACAAGGAAUUAUUAUCGGAAAAUGGGAUACAAACUGGAUGGUCCUUAUAUGUCGAAAUCAAUAUAAUCUUCACUUUCUACGUUAUAAUCUUCAGUCUUUGAUCUAUCGUAAAUAUCAUCAUUGCGGUUUAUGUUUAUGAAUACAAUUUUCGAUGUAGUUAUAAUUUUUCGAAAUUAUUUCUUCAAACUUCUAAAGGAAUUAUAGUACUUACCUUUAAUAUGUAUUUUUGUGUUCAGUUAUGGUUUGUCAUCGUAAAGAUGAUUUUGAUUCGUACUGCUGUUCCGUUAUCUUGCUGUGCUCUGGGUGCGUAGAGUUACUCAGGAUUCGAUGGAUUUUGUUUGAUGAAGUUCACCAAUUGCAUAUUAUUAUAUCUCGCCGCUUAAGUACAAUUUAUUGCCCACUGAUAAAGGAUUCUGGAG